GUUUAAGGAUACUGUUACAUUUAUUAAGUCGAGCAAUGUUGCCAUGGAAAUUUUUAAAAAGGAGCAAAAUAUUGAUGAUGAUAUAACAAACAACAACAGUACAAGCUGAUACAGGAGGUACCAACCAGAUGGAAUAGUACUUUCCACAUGAUAGAAAGAAGUCUUAAAACCAAUGAAGCAAUCAGUAGAACACUGCUGAAAGUACGUAAAGCUCCUCAACCUCUCUCUGUAGAUGAACUAUCUAUUUUAAAUGAUGUUGUGAAGGUUCUGAAAUGUUUUGAAGAGGCUACGAAAAAAAUUUCAGGUGGCAGCUAUGUUACUAUUUCUUUGAUAAUCCCUCUGAUCUUUUUUUUUGGUAUCUAUAAUUUUUUAAAUGCAGUUAUCACAGAACUUGAUACAGAAGAAGGGAAAUUAUUUUGCAGUGGGGUUAUAGAAUCAGCGAAGAAAAGAAUAUUUCCUUAUGAAAGUAGAAAUGUUACAAAAAUAGGAACAAUUAUUGACCAAGAUUUAAGAAAGAGGGUUUUAGAAAUCCAGAAAAUGCUUCAUCUGCCGCUGUAAUUUUAGAACAAUAAAUGCAAGAAGCUUUACGACAAAAAUCACAAAGUCAGAACAUAAAUAUAAAUGAACCUUCAGUGUCCAAAAACAUCCAGACUUCCUCUUCGCUUUUUGCAUUUUUUGAAAGUAGCAUAUCGGGAAACAUAAAAUCAGUCACUGGCUGAUGUCAUUAUCACUAGAAGGCAAUAUUUAGAGAGGGCAAACUCUGCUGAAGAUGCUGAUGCGCUUUUAUUUUGGAAGGUAUGCAACAAAAGGAGAAACAACAAACAACAAAAUAAAUGUUGUAUUUAUAUUUCAGCAACUCCACCUGUCCAUUAUUUGCCAU